AUGUGGCGGUUGCUGCGCUGUAAACCUGCACUACCCCUGGCAGCCGUGCCACUUGCGCUAGCUGUGCGAAAGAAGGAUGGCCAGCGAUCGUACCAGCGGUGUCAGGAACAGGCUUCCCCGCAGUUCAAGCGCGUCCUCGUCACAGGAGGAGCCGGCUUCCUAGGCUCCCACAUCUGCCGGCGCCUGCUGGCCGAGGGGCACGAGGUCAUGUGCCUGGACAACUACUUCACCUCCACUCGAUCAGGCAUCGCUGACCUCAUGGGCCAUCCGCGCUUCGAGUUCAUCCGCCACGAUGUGACAGAGCCUUUCUUUUGCGAAUGUGACAUGAUCUACAACAUGGCGUGCCCGGCGUCCCCAGUGCACUACCAGUGGAAUCCCAUCAAGACGACAAAGGUAUCGGUCUUGGGGACCAUCCACAUGAUGGGACUUGCCAAGCGAGUCAAGGCCCGGAUCUUGCAGGCAUCCACAAGCGAGAUCUACGGCGAUCCGGAGGUCACACCCCAGUCUGAAGAUUACUGGGGCCACGUGAAUACCAUCGGCGUCCGGUCUUGCUAUGACGAGGGCAAGCGGGUGACCGAGACGUUGGCGUUUGAUUACCUGCGCAUGAACAAUGUCGACAUUCGCGUGGCAAGAAUCUUCAACACCUACGGGCCCGGCAUGCACCCAUACGACGGCCGAGUGGUCAGCAACUUCAUCUUGCAAGCCCUCCACGACGAGGACAUCACCAUCUACGGCGACGGCUCGCAAACGCGGUCGUUUGGCUACGUGGAUGACACGGUGGAUGGCCUCAUCCGGCUCAUGAACCAGGCGGGCCUUCCCGCUGUUCUGUGCAUUCCUUGCUUCUGUCAGAAUAGUUGGUGGAGGUUUUUCGUAGUAACGUAG